UUUAGAUAAAUUUUGAUCCAUUCCAAGGUUUCGCCUUGGAUAUUUAUUUACACUGAUUAAUUUUGUUCUGAGGAUGUUCCCAGAUAUCGGUGAUGUGAGUGACUAAUUUUGAGAUUGCGGUAGUGAUGUUAAGGGUCUUCCUGAAGCCGUGUUGCAUAAGUUAUGGAGAGGAGGUUUUUGGAGCCGAGGGUAAAGUCAAAAGUGUCUCCGUUGCAAAUCUAUCACAUCCCAACUCAAGGAAAGUUCGUCAGCUGACUAAACAAGCAAAGAAAGAAACAGCAAGAAAGAAAUCAAAGAUGGUACAUCAAAUGAAGUUAAAUGUGACGGGUGAAAAGUUCUUGUGGUUUCAAACCAAUCUUCCAGCAGAUGUCUCAGAAAUAAGCCAUGGUACCUGGGAAGAUUUGAUGAAGAAUUGGAACAAAUACAGUUGAAGCAUUCUGUAGGUCAACGGAAAAAUAACAGGCAACAUGCUAGUAGAGAAGAUGUCAUCAAACUGACAAAAAAACAAGAAGAAGAGGAAUAUAAUGCAGCCGGAAUAGAACUACCCAAUCUUCUCCUACCAGUCCAAGUAGAGUUUUUGCGCAGAUGGAAUGGUGAACUCAGAUUUCUACAGCAGUUCAAGCUAAGAAGAUUUUCCAGAGAGUUCCUGAAAAGAGGUUGUUUAAAGAGCAGACCAG